AUGACUGCCUAUAAAAGUCCAAACAUAACGGCGGAUAUGGCCAAGUCAGUCUACACUAAAAGGGAAGAGCUAGCAACGACUGGCAAAACAUUGAAAAGGAAGGCUAUCAAUACAGAGAAUAGUAACCCAAAGAGAGAAAAGAAGGCUUCGGCUACAUUAACUACUGGCGACAUCAAUGCAAGGAGGAUACCAAAUAUAGCUCAGGAACUAGCUAAGAAUAGAAAUUUUGUGAAAACCUCCUCGCCAUCUCUCUCACCAUCUUCGGAUUCAAAUAUUACCACGGCGAGUUCUUUCUCGACAAGUGCACAGACAAUACUCUCCAACAUUGUUCCAAAAAAUGAGGACCAAGGUCAAGAAAGUAAUGUAAAACCUACCGUGAAACAACGAUCAAAACCAAAAGUCAAGCCUAAACCGAAAGAGGGGCAGCCAUCCACAGAGACUUCUAAACCUAAGACAACCAUCAAAAAACCAUCAGUAACUGCCAAAGCUAUUAAACCUAAGCCAGUGGUACAGUCUAUUGAGCACAAAGAAAACCUACCCAAUAAGUCGUUGAAGAUUUCGUCUCUUUUAACAUCAGAUACAGACGAAAGCAAUACAACCAACAUCCCCAUAAAACCCAAAGUUAUUCUUCCGACGCAGAGCAUGUCAGCUUCUAAACUUGUAGUGGAUAAUCUUCAAGACACAAUAAUAGCUAGAACACCGACGCCAGUUAACGUAGAACCGACACAAGUAUUAACAAAGAAGCCUGCUCAUCUAAAACGUAGUCAAAGUUCACUCGCGGUAUCCCUGAAAAGGAAUAUACCCACCGCAGUCGAGAAAGCCCAGAAGUCUAAUUCGAUGUCUACUCCUUCUAUAACUCCAAAGAAGAAAUCUACUAAGAAGAAACCCUUACAUACAUCGAAACAAACAGAGGUAAAACCGGAUGAUACAGUUGCUCAAACGACACCUAAAUCUGCACCAAGAUUGGUUCCUCCUCCACCAUUAAAAUCGGCUUCAUUGGUUGAUGUAUUUGAAAAUCCCUCCACAAAAAGCAUAGAAAAUAGUGAAGCGAACGGAAUAAUACUCGAUAUUCCUUUAUAUUCAACAAGGAGUAAUGAUUAUUUAGAUGAAAAUGGUACUGUUGUAUUCAAUGUCUAUAGAUUAUUACAAGAAAACGCAUCAACAAAAGAAGAUAUUGAAUCCUUAAAGAAAAUGAAGAGGAACCUUCUUACCCAAUUGAAUGAUAAACCUGAAUCGGUAAUUUCCACAGGUCGGCCGGACGAUUAUAAGAACAACAAUACUCUUGAAGAGGAAGACGAAGAUGGUGCAGUUACCGUCAUACGUGAUGAAGAAGAUGAAAUGCUGGAUGACGAAGAAGCAACUGAGACAUCGCCAAAGAAAAGAUCACACCCCAUGAAGGGAAAAAGUAUGAUUGGGAAGUAUGACUUUGACGAUCCUUUCAUAGACGAUACCGAAUUAUUAUGGGAAGAACAACAAGCAUCAACUAAAGAUGGGUUCUUCGUCUAUUUCGGCCCGUUAGUAGAGAAAGGACAAUAUGCUCGUUUGGAGAAGACAAGCACUACUACAAAAAGAGGUAGCAGUAAGAAAUGA